AUGAGCAUUGAUGCUACAGAAAACAGAUCAUUUGGAAGAUUACUAAAUGAUGAGCACAAAAAACCAAAUUGUAAAGCAACGAUAAUUGAAGAAGAUGGUAAACCCCAUGUAUAUUUUGUUGCUGUCAGAGACAUAAACACUGGGGAAGAACUACGAUAUAACUAUUGUCCAGGAAUUUAUAGUUGGAGAACCUCUAAAACGCGCCAAAGAUGCAAAAUAGGUGGAGACAAAGACUCUAAGCAAGGAUCCACCAACAAAGAUUCACACUCUACACGAGGAGCCACCACCAAAGAUUUAGACUCUCCAAGAGGAUCCACCACCAAAGGUUCACAUUCAGGCUCUCCGCGAGGAGUCACCACCAAAGAUUCAGACUCUAUGGGAGGAUCCACCACCAAAUAUUCACAUUCACACUCUACGCGAGGAUCCACCACCAAAGAUUCACACUCAGACUCUACACAAGAAGCCAGCACCAAAGAUUCACACUCAGACUCUACACAAGGAGCCACCAUCAAAGAUUCACGCCAAGACUCUACACGAGGAGCCACCACCAAAGAUCCACACUCAGACUCUACACAAGGAGCCAACACCAAAGAUCCACACUCAGACUCUACACAAGGAGCCACCACCAAAGAUUCACACUAAGACUUUACACAAGGAGCCACCACCAAAGAUUCACACUCAGACUCUACACAAGGAGCCACCACCAAAGAUUCAGACUCUACACAAGGAGCCACCACCAAAGAUUCACACUCAGACUCUACACAAGGAGCCACCACCAAAGAUUCAC